GGGGUAUAUGCUUAGGAGACUCCAUUUUUCUUUCCGUGUCUGUGUCCCUUCUCUUCCUGCCUCGUUAUUUCCGCGCCUCUUGCUGGGUAUCUCCCUGGCUCCCCGCUGUGGGGAGUCCCGGCGUUUCUGUGGUCCUCUGUGGCAGUGUGACUCAGGACCGGCCCGCAGGAGCCUGCCCCGUUACUGCCAGGAGCGUCUGGCUAUCUGCCUUGCGGGUCCUAGCCAUCCUCGCUUAUGCCUGAAUGUGCCUGCCUCUCUGGGCAAAGUUUAGGUCCCUGUCUCCCUCCUUGUUUUUGUUUGGCGGGGAGGGGUUUGUUUCCACAGUAACCGGCUCCUCUGACUCUGGGAUUGGGGAGGGAACCCUGCGUUUUCGUGACCCCUCCCGCCAGCCCUCCUGGCACUGGGUGGAGGCGGGAAACCAAGGUUCUUGGACCUCCGAGGGACAGCCCCGGGGGAACUGGAGGGUGGUCACCUGCUUUCCUCUGGGACUAAUAGUGGUGGCCAGGAGUAGGAUUUGAGGCCUCGGGAGGGGUGAGAAGUUGAAUUUGGGGGCCCGAGGCCCUGUACUUCUGGGUCCAGAGGCUGGGCCCCUGUGUCUGUCUGGGAUGAGGAGGAGGAUGGUGCCACCUUUACUGUCACAAGCCGUCAGUAUCGGCCUCUUGAUCCCUUGGCUCCAACACCUCCCCCACGUUGCUCCCGAAGGCUCCGAGCUGGCACUCUGGAGGCCCUGGUCAGACACCUUCUGGAUUCCCGGACAUCAGGGGCUGACAUGACCUUCACAUCAGCCUUUCUGGCCACCCACCGGGCUUUCACCUCCACACCUGCUCUGCUAGGGCUUGUGACUGACAGGCUGGAGGCCCUAGAGUCUCAUCCUACUGAUGAACUAGAGAGGACUAAAGGGGUUGCCAUCUCUGUACUGUCAACCUGGCUGGCCUCUCACCCUGAGGAUUUUGGCUCUGAGGUUAAGGGUCAGCUUGACCGGCUUGAGAGCUUCUUGCUUCGGAAAGGGUAUGCAACAGGGGAGGGUGUUGGGGGGGGCAGCGCUGACCUCAUCCGCAACCUCCGGUCCCGGGUGGACCCCCAGGCCCCCGACCUUCCUAAGCCCCUGGCCCUCCCCGGCGAUCCCCCUGCUGACCCCACGGAUGUCCUGGUGUUCCUCGCUGACCACUUGGCCGAACAGCUGACCCUGCUAGAUGCGGAGCUGUUUCUCAAUCUGGUCCCCUCUCAGUGUCUGGGGGGCCUAUGGGGUCACAGAGACCGGCCAGGACAUUCCCAUCUCUGCCCAUCUGUCCGAGCUACUGUCACACAGUUCAACAAAGUGGCAAGGGCAGUGGUCAGCUCUGUUCUGGGGGCCACCUCAAGUGGAGAGGGGCCUGGAGAGGUGGCUAUACGGCCACUCCGUCCCCCUCAGAGGGCCCGGCUCCUGGAGAAAUGGAUCCGCGUGGCAGAGGAGUGCCGUCUGCUCAGAAACUUCUCUUCAGUUUAUGCUGUUGUGUCAGCCCUGCAGUCCAGCCCUAUCCACAGGCUUCGGGCAGCCUGGGGAGAAGCAGCCAGGGACAGCCUCAAAGUCUUCUCCAGCCUCUGUCAGAUUAUCUCUGAGGAGGAUAAUUAUUCUCAGAGCCGGGAGCUACUCCUGCAGGAGGUGAAGCUACAGCCCUCUCUGGAGCCAAAUUCCAAGAAGGCCCUGAGGUCUGGCUCCCGGGGUGGGGGUGUGGUCCCCUACCUUGGCACCUUCUUGAAAGACCUUGUGAUGCUGGAUGCAGCCUCCAAGGAUGAGCUGGAGAAUGGAUACAUCAACUUUGACAAGCGGAGGAAGGAGUUUGCUGUCCUUUCCAAGCUACGGCGGCUCCAGAACAAAUGUCGUGGCUAUGUCCUCCAACCUGACUCUGAUAUCCAGCGGUGGCUGCAGGGGCUCCGGCCACUGACAGAGGUCCAGAGCCAUCGUGUAUCAUGUGAGGUGGAGCCACCUGGUACCAGUGACCCUCCUGCUCCACGGGUGCUUCGGCCAACACUGGUCAUCUCACAGUGGACAGAGGUUCUGAGUUCUGUUGGGGGUCCCACUCCCCUUGUCUCCUGGGACCAGCCCAGUGUUGGGGGAGAGGAGGUGCCUGGAACCCCUGCUCCUCUGCUGACCCGGCUGGCCCAGCACAUGAAGUGGCCAUCUGUCUCAUCUCUGGACUCCGCCCUGGAGAGCACUCCAUCCCUGCACAGUCCGGCUGACCCCAGUCACCUCUCUCCCCCAGCCUCCUCCCCUAGACCUUCUCGAGGUCACCGCCGCUCAGCCUCCUGUGGCUCCCCACUCAGUGGGGGUGCAGAAGGGGCCUCUAAGGGGACUGGAUAUGGGGGUGGGGGGUCUGGACCAGGGACUUCUGAUUGCCGAAUCAUCCGAGUCCAGAUGGAGCUGGGGGAAGAUGGCAGCAUCUACAAGAGCAUCUUGGUGACAAGCCAGGACAAGGCUCCAAGUGUCAUCAGUCGUGUCCUUAAGAAAAACAAUCGUGAUUCUGCAGUGGCUUCAGAGUAUGAGCUUGUGCAGCUGCUACCAGGGGAGCGAGAGCUGACCAUCCCACCCUCAGCUAAUGUCUUCUAUGCUAUGGAUGGAGCAUCACAUGAUUUCCAGCUGCGACAGCGGCGGAGGGCCUCUACUGCUACACCAGGCCUCACCAGUGGCCUCCCUGCCUCAGGAACUCCCCCGAGUGAGGGAGGAGGGGGUUCCUUCCCCAGGAUCAAGGCUACAGGGAGGAAGAUUGCCCGGGCACUGUUCUGAGGGGGAGUUCUAAUGGCUCACAACUCAUGGUGUCCAUACCAGAUGUGGGUUGCCAUCCUGAAUGGUGGCAGUUAUGUCACAAUGGGAAGAAAUCCAGAAGGUGGUCAACCACCCUGGGGCAGUGAAGUGUCACUGGUUUACCAGACAUCUGAGAGAUCCAGCCCUAUUGGAACUGGUAAUCUUGGUAACCAAGUUGCAUUACCUGUGUAUAGAUCUCCCAUUUUCCAUGAAUGCAACCAUGGCUAGUGCUGGAAAAAGGGAUCCGUUUCUGAUUCCUGGCUGUAUCCUAGCAUGCCAACAGUCAUGGAAAGGCCUACUAGUAGAGGGAGAGGAAAAGCCUAGAGGCUCUGAGCCCCAGGGGAAGGGGAUGGCAAGAAGUAGGUUCUACUGGUAGUACCUCUUCCUACUUUGGGGGUUUCUGUCACUGUGACAACACUAAGAUAAUAAACCAAAACACUACCUGAAUUCUAA